AUGGUCAAUGAUCUGACGACGGACAGUCUCAUCAGUUGGGGCAGAGGCAACAAUAGCUUCAUCGUCAUCGACCUAUUAGAUUUCUCUCAGAGUCUCUUACCAGCUUACUUCAAGCACAACAAUUUCUCAAGCUUUGUUCGUCAGCUUAACACCUAUGGUUUUAGGAAGGUUGAUCCGGAUAGGUGGGAGUUUGCAUGUGAAUGGUUUCUUCGAGGCCAGACCCAUUUACUGAAGAAUAUUGUGAGGAGGAAACAGAGUAAGAACAAUCAUACAAUGCAAAACAAGCUUGAAGAUUUUGAAGAUGAGGGUAUGGUGAUGGAGAUAGAGAGGUUAAAGCAAGAACAGAAGGCUUUGGAACAAGAACUUGAAGGCAUGAACAAAAGGCUUGAGGCAACAGAGAGAAGACCCAAACAAGUGAUGGCUUUUUUGAGUAAAGUUGCAAAAGACCCAGAAAUUUUACCAAGGAUGAUGUUUCAGAAAGAGAGAACCAGAAGGUUUGGUGAGAAAAAGGGACGUUUGAAUUUGCCGCAAAAAAGUUCAGUUAGGAGUGAAAAGGAAGAAGAAACCAAAGCCGUUAAUGGAGCAUCGCCAAUUUCAUCGCCGGAUUCUAAUUUUGAUAUGCGCAAUUACUUUCCGUCGUCAUCAUCGCCGGAGACACCGUCCACGGCGUGUUUGAGCGAAAGACAAUACCUGGGUUGGCAUGCGAUGACUCAAGAACCUCUUAAUUGGGCCACCAGUUCAAGUUCAUUGUCACCAGGUUCUCUCAGUGCAACCGAUGGUUUCGCGGCAGUGUCGACGCCGGUAGACAGU